UUUUUUUGUUUUUACAGGACUUUGCAGCAGCUGUCAUAGACAUGAAUAUCAUGCAAAUGUUUGUUGAAUUGAAUGUUUUGAUUGCUGCAGAUCGGAAACGUCCACCUUUGAAUAAUGAUUUUGCUUCAUUUUCUUAUGCUUAUUUGUUGCUAGAACGGCUUCGACUUUUACUUCGCCCACUUAAACCUUAUUCGCCCUUUGACGGCCGUCUUUCUGGAAAAUUUAGGACAGAAGAAGUUGGGGACUUGAUGCAUGUUACUUCUUCAAUAUCUAAAGAUGUGAUGAAUGUGGAAUCUGCUAGACGUCUUUCUUUCUACCGAUGGCCUCAUAAAGACUUUAAAUAUACAUCCUCGUCCAGAAUGUCUGAAGCUGGUUUUUAUCUUCAACCUAGCGGUGAUGGUGAUGAUAAAGUAAUGUGCUUUGCCUGCUCUAUUUGCCUUAUUAGCUGGGAACAGGAUGAUGACCCUUAUCAGGAACACGAGAGACACUCUCCCUCUUGCAAAUUUUUGACUGCUCCACUCUCUUCCACAAACAUUCCUAUUGCUGCUACAAUGUCAAGUUUGGCGCCGUUAAAAUGGAAUGACGAAAUUGAAUCUCAACAAAAAUCUACUAUAGAAAAUUUAUGUGAAAAUUUAAUUAUUGGUACGAUGACAACAAAGUCUUUAUGGUUUGCAUUUGCUGAUCCUUCGAGUAAUAAGCCGCAAAUCAAUCUUAUACAUUUGGACAAAGUUGCACAGGCUGUUAAUACUUUAAUUGUUGACACUUUCGACCCUUUUCUCUCCAAUGCCAUUGGAUUUAAACCUCCAAAUAUACCUGCAGCUCCACAGUCUCUUCCUCCAAUUGAAACUCUUACAAAUGUAAUUGUUGCUGCCGCUCAACAAAGACGAGUAACUUGGAGCGAUGAGCCAACAGUAAUGACUAUAGAACAGCAACAACAACCUUUGGAACGUAUUCUUUUGCUUGACCAAAAUAUUGCGGAAGAGGCUUUUGAGGAUGAAAGAGAAGAGGAAAUGGUCUCUCCUGGAUUAAUUGAAGAUCAGGAAGAUGAAGAAUUGAAGCAACAUCAACCAAGUCCUCAUGUAUCCAUUUCUCCUGAAAAUUUUGAUAAUCGAAUUGUUAAGAUCACAGCAAUCUGUUCGGCAGGCGUUGGAAAUGAUUCUAGUGAUAAUCGAGAAGAUUCUAGACAACAUCUAUUGGGUGAUUCGACUGAUGCAAUGGAUUGUAACGUUGAAAUGACGUCUAAUUCAAGCAAAAUCACUGCUGUUCUUUUUGUUGGAAUUUCUGUUGAUGAGACAAAAAUCCAAUCGAAUAAUCGAACUUGUAUGACAGAAGAAAUUAAUGCCAUGAAUGUUAUAAAUUCCUUAACUGUUGGUGGUGGAGAUCAAUUUAUUGCUAGUAACACAAAAACUGCGGCUCGUUGCCCCUUCUUGCUAGUUUACCAUUUGGCUGAAACUUUAAUUCCUGAUUGUGAGCAACAACAAAAACAGUCAAUAGAUAUGGAAGAAUCUAAAAAUAAUAAUAAAGAUGAUGAGCCUAUGGAACAAAGUAUUAUUGAGGAUUUAAAUGAAGAAAGGAAUCAAGACUAUUUUUCACAGGAAACUGCAGUUUUAUUGGCAGAAACUAAAAAACUUCAAGAAAAAACGGCAGCUUUUAGUGCUGAACUUGCCGAAUUUCUCAAUUCCGAAUACCCAUAUAAAAAACCAGCUUUAGCUAAAUACAUAAUUGAUUCCCAGCUUAAACCCAAUGAAAAUGUUAGCGAUACAGAAAAAAUUGACAAUACAAAUCACGUCGAUUCAAGCUAUUUUGAUGCUCCAUUACAACAAUCUUUGAGUUCUGAAAAUAAGGUUAGCAUUCUUUACGAACAACAUGAUGUUAGUACAAUUAUUAUGCAAUGUUUUAGACUUCCUGAUGAGUUGGACUCUAGCAACUUUCGGAUUGACCACAUUGUUGCUACUGAAAAUCCAGAUGGCUAUGUUGUUUUGGGUGUAAAUUGUGUUAGUGAUGGGUGUGCUCUUACAGACAAUUCCUCCUCAAUAGUAAUUUAUUCACGAAUGGAAGUUGUUCACAUGUUACAAGAAAUUUGUUUGCGUAAAUAUUUUUUUCAAAACCUAAAAAAGAUUGCACAAAUUUUACUUCUUUCAAUUGACUAUUUUGGAAUUUAUCGACAACAGAAAUUAAACGAAGAUAAUAAAGGACAUAAUCGAACAUCAAAACAUAAAGAAAAUAAACAAGUUCUUGGAUCGGCUGUUGUUCGUUUCUCCUGUGGCGAAGUCAUCUUGCUCGAUUUAAACAGCGGUUUUUCUAUGCCAAUUUUUGAUCCAAAAGAUUCUGAAGAUGGACAGAUUGCUUCUGACAUAGCUUUAUGUUCUAGUGAGGGACGAUCAGAGUUGGACCAAAUUGUGGUUUUGACUAGCAAAGGACGAAUUUUAUGUUUUGAUGUAAAGCUUCCGUUCCCUCCUGUUAUUGGUGAUGAGAGAAACGAAAAAAUUUUUUUUGAGAUUUCAAAUGCGCUCAAAGCAGCUUCAUCUAAAUCUCCUAUUGGCGAGUUUCAACUUCAAAAUGAACUCACGGAAGCUUCUUCCUCUUCUUUGGAUGGCAUGCUUGCUGCUGAUGAUAAAACUUUUUCAUCUUUUGAUUCACUUGAAAAUUUAUGGUCGUUAACAAGACUGCAUGGGGCAGCUUCUUUGCCUUCUGCUUUUCAAUGUUCUACUGCUUCUACAUUUUUGGAAACUUCUAGUUGGAACACCCUACUAGCAAAUGAAAUUCAAGUCCAUGCUCCUUCAAACUGGAUAGAUACAACAAUUGCUCGCCAACGCCGUUCCAGACGUCCAACAACAGCAACCUCAACUUUUACUUGUUCAUCAACAUCUUUAAUGUCUGACGAUAAAAGAGGAGGGGGAGAGCAACAAGCAUCAACAAAAUUACAAAAUACAAGAACUGUUUGGACAUUUUCUCGUAUAGAAGAAACUACAUUUCCUAUAGCUGCUUCGAAUAUUUCGGAUCAAAAUUUGGUUUUUGAAUUUUCUAUGCCGCCAAUAAUGCCUGUUAGCCAUAUCGAAAUUUCUUUGGGAUCUACUACCAAUUAUUCUUCUCCAUCUUCUCAACCACAAAUUGGAGGAUUUUUAAGUAUUUGGCUUUUAGACAGUGAUGCAAUCAAAAGAUUAUUUGCUAAGAUUAGCAGCAGUUCAGGCAGUUUUUCUGCUUCGCAUAACAAACAAAUGCUUCUUUCUUUGUUGGGAGAAAAUCCUGAGAAUUUUGUGGAGGAAAAUGCAAAAUGUAUUUAUGGCCCUAUAUCAAUCGAGGAAUUGUCUUGUAAUUUAAAUAGACAUUCAAAUGUUGUUCGUCUUCGUAUUAGUACUAGUGCACUUUUAUUGGGCGCUGCAGACUUGUUUAAUGGUGACAAAACACAAAAGGGUUGGAGCAAUCAGCCUCUCCACUUCUUCAUUCAUUACAAACCCCCAGAAAGUGUUGUCAACGAAGGUUUAAACAUUUACAAAACGUCAACAGGCAAAAGUCUUUUCCUUCGUCGACAACAACAAACAAAGCUUUUGGAACGUUUUGGAAUAUUCAGAGGUGGAGGAGGAGGUGGGGGAACUUGUAGCGGUGGUAAUGAUUCAACAACAAUAAUUACCCCAGCAUCAGUUGGUUCCCCUUUAAAACGAUCUCAUCCUGGAGGAGGGACAGGAGGAGGAGGAAGCGAUUCUUCUUCCAAUCAAAAUAGCGGAGGAGGCAACAAUACAAAAUCUUCUCCACCUUUUUAUUAUCCAGCUUCUUCAGUUAAAUCAACAACAAAUUUGGGGUCUACUCAAGUUCCUACUUUGUUUUCGCUUCGAAUUCAUUUUUGUAGUAUUCAUGGGUUAAAAUCGGAAAAUUAAUUGAAUUUUUUAAAAGAAAAAUGCUCAUUUCUGGAGCAAAUUUAAAUUAGCUUUUUUUUUUAUUUAAAAUUGUUUUUUUAUAUUUAUUUAUAUAUUUACUUCUUUCUGGAACUGGAAUCUGAACUUAAUUUUUUAGGAACGAAGAGAGAAGUAAAUAUUUAUUUAGGUUUUUUGUCUUUGUUGCUGUUAUCGACCUCUUUAUUUUGUAAAAUCUGAAAGAAAACUUUUAUUUUGGAAGGAGGAAGGGAAAGUCCAAGGGUUUUUAGGUUAGGAGGGCCGGGGGUUUUUAGGUUGGGAGGUCCGGGGGGUUUUUUAGACCUUGGACCUC